AUGAAGUUUAUAGAUGAAGUGGAUAUUGAAUUGGUCAAUCAGGAAUUGAACUUUCAGUCUCAAGAUAAUAAUUUGGUGAUAAAAGGUGGAUGUGACUUAUUUACGACCAAACCAAUUGGGUCGGACAGAAAACUAUUCAAAACGAUAGACAAGCACUUGGACCAGAUAAUGGAGGAUAACCAAUUGUCACAAUCACUCGAGCGUGAACUUCAGAAUUCAAAUAACCCUUUGUUUGGAAGUAGCGCAUCGCCCACAUCCACUGGAAACAAUAUUAACCAAGCGAUGAUGGGACGUCGGGGUAGUUAUAUUGAUAUAGCGGAACGAGAAAGGCGUGUUAGUGGCUCCCUGAUAAAUUUCAGUAAAGGUUCGUUAUCGUCGUCGCAGAAUAUGAAUUCGAAUCUUUCAAAAUCUCUCAGUGGUUCUGUUGAAAAUAAUUCCAAUGUUGAUGAAUCGCCAUUCGGGCCUUUAAAGAACGUAACCACCAGGAAAACAUUCGCCUAUUUAAUUGCUAUUUUGAAUAGUACUUAUCCGGAUCAUGACUUUUCAAACUUGCAACCUACGACGGAAAAUUUUCACAAAAUUGCGUCGGCUGAGGAUCUAAUCCAUAGAUUCAACAACAUUAUGGUCUCGCUUGGUAAGAAAGAAGAUUUGCUAAACUGGAUAUGGGAUACAGUGAAUGUGUAUAUGGAUUUUAUACCCUCAAAAUUGCCAACCCCGAAUGAGUCCAGACACAAUAGUUUUCUACACACCACUUCGGCUUCUGCUUCGAAGCAUGGAUCAAUAUCUCCAGACAACAAUUCCCCUCCAGUGAACCCUAAUCUUUUUGAAAACUGUCAAAUUUACGAAUUCCAGCCGUCCGACCAAUCAAUUUUGGAAGAUUUGAAUUAUCCGUAUCAAACUAUGUGGUCCUAUUACUGGUUUAUAUAUAAUAAGAAGAAGAAGAGAGUUUCGUUCAUUUAUUUGACGGCGCUUAAUAAGAUUCACUACUCAAAGGUCAAUGGCAACAGAAAUCCAUCUACAAGUAGAGAUGACAAUAAUGCUAAUAUUGGUGAAACAAACAGUAAUAAGGAUGGUGAAGAAGAUGACGAUGUUGACGUCGAAGAUGAUAUGUACAUGGAUGAAUACAUCGAUGAUGAAGCGUUGAUUGACGAUGACGACUAUGAAAUGGAAAAUGACGUUGUCGGUGACAUGGAAAUUUGA